GUACCGAUUAGAGAGUUGCAUUCUUCAUCUUGUACAGGGUUCGCUUCUUGUACAGGCUUUCAUCGGAAUUUCUUGUACAGGGCUCGUUGACCGCCACAGACCGUCUUUCCGGCAACCGAUAGGUGCAGCAGGAGUCAGUUGAUGAUGCUGAACGUAAUCGCUUUCUCUUGUUAACUACGUAGAUUAUGCUUUUGAUGACUUUGGGGGCCGUCAACCACAUGUUUAUCCUGGGUUGUCUACUGUGUGGGGUAGCUUGGCCCGUAGUAAGAUCCUCUACAGUGGUUCUAUUUUUAUGAAAUCUCACGGACGUUGAAGUGGCGCGGAUGCAGCUGCAUGUUGCGCUCCAAUACCACGUGAAAGAACAUGUUUGAGAGUGAAGAAUGAGAGUUCCUCUCUCUAUGGAUUCUGGGUUCAGGAAGGAGGAAGAGAAAAGGUUAGGGCCUUUAGAAGGUAACUCUCAAUUGAUGAGAAAUCUAUGUAAUUUAAUUCCAACAUAAAAUGAAAUGAAAGAUUUGUAAAGUGUCAACUCGCUCGCUCUUGAUUGAUUCAAGCUGGUUAAAAGAAAACUGCUUACAAAUUGACUGAGCCCAAGAUGGAGAAGAAAGAGUAAGACCCCUUGACAGCUAAGUUGCAGGGGAAGAGAGAAUAUAGACGCCGAUCACCUCGAACGACGACGGCGGAGCCAGGCUCACUUUAUGGAGAAAGGAGACGAGAAAGACAGUUGACCUGGGUUUUAUAUAUAUCUUAAAGAAGCGUUUAAACCCUCACUUUGCAUCCCCCAGGUUUUGUGCAAUGUCAUUGGUUUAAUUUAAUAAAUAGAUUAGUAUUUU